GCUCAGCUAGCUUGGUCGUGGCCAUCAUGUCGGCGGCGAAAUGGGAGGUUUGCGUCGGCCUUGAGAUUCAUGCGCAGAUCCAGUCGCUGUCGAAGCUGUUCUCUGGAUCCAGUGCUGCAUCCAAGGCUGCUUCCUUCUUGCCGAACAGCCGCGUGUCAUUCUUCGACGCAGCCAUGCCGGGAACGCUGCCUUCUGUGAACAAGGCGUGUGUAGCUCAAGCCGUACGGACGGCCCAUGCGUUGCAGAGCGACGUGAACCUGCAAAGCGUGUUUGAGCGAAAGCACUACUUCUACUGUGAUUUGCCGCUGGGGUAUCAAAUCACGCAGCAACGAGCUCCGAUCGCUUCCAAUGGCGUUCUCAAGUUCCAUGUCAAGCAUUCGUCGAACGAUGUGGCCGCGCGCAACACCAACUUUUCUAGCCGAAAGGAAAAGAACGCUGCCCAGAAACAACUCGCAGCUGCGACAGAGGUGGAGGAGGGGAUCGAAAGGCAAGUGCGCAUCAACCGCAUCCAAAUCGAGCAAGACUCUGGCAAGAGUUUGCACACGCUCGACGCAACGCAUGUGGACUUGAACCGCGCGGGAACCGGUCUAAUGGAGAUCGUGUUCGAGCCGGAUCUUCGCAGCGCGGCGGAAGCGGGCCAAGUCCUCCGCGAAGUGCAGCACUUGCUGCGCCACAUCGGAACAUGCGACGGCAACAUGGAGGACGGAUCGAUGCGGUGCGACUUGAACGUGAGCGUGCGGCCCAAGUCGGACGUCGAGGCACCGUUUGGUGAGCGCGUCGAAGUCAAGAACAUGAAUAGUAUCCGGCACCUCAUGCGUGCGGUCGAGUACGAAAUGGAGCGGCAGGUGCAACACAUCGAAACAACGGGGCGACCCAUUGAAAAGGAGACGAGAACGUUUGAUGCUGCCACGGGCAUGACGAAACGCAUGCGGUCCAAGGAAGGGGCAAAGGACUACCGGUUCUUUCCCGAACCCGACUUGCCGCCCCUUGUGAUCUCUCCCGCCUUUGUCGCCGACGCCAAAGCGAGUCUCCCCGAGUUGCCAGACCAAAUGAAGGCCCGUCUCGUCCAACAAUACGGUCUCACGGCGUACGAGAGCUCUGUCUUGGUGCUGACGCCGCAUGCUGUCGAAUUCUUUGAGCAAGUGGCGCAGGGCCGUCCGCACAAACUCGCGGCCAACUGGGUCCUGAACGAACUCUUCUCGCUGCUCAAAGCUACCAACACAAACAUCCAUGAGAGCCCCGUCACGCCGUCCCGCCUCGGUGACAUGCUCGACUUGAUUGUGAACGAGACGAUUUCGGGCAAAAUCGCCAAGGACUUGAUCCAGCACAUGUACUACGAAGACACAACAGCGCGACCACUCGACAUUGUCGAGCGCCACGGCUGGAAGCUCAUCACGGACGACGACGCCCUUCGACAGUACUGUCAAGCGAUCGUAUCCAACCCCAAACACGCCAAGAACGUGGCUGCAUUUCAGAAAGGCAAGUCGCAGCUGUUUGGAUUUUUCGUCGGCCAAGUGAUGAAGGAGACGGAAGGUCGGGCCCACCCGGAAAAAGUCAAUGCGAUCCUGCGCUCGUUGUUGGCCCCUUGAGCAUCCCACCGACGUCCCACCGCGAUCAAAUGAAUCGUCAUCGCAAUCGUAGAAGUUCGAACGUGCCUUGCACAUUCCAUCACGCAUUCGCAGACACGAUAUCGCAAGGAUGGUUGAGGUGGUCUCAGGUACAUGUAGAGUCCAACCAGCUAAGCAAUUUCACAAACAUUGCUCUGGCUGCAAGUCGAAAGGCGCGCUUCGUGUUCUUGACGGAGGGUGAGAAGUGCAUGCUACCACGCAGCGGACAAUAUAUCCUCUAUUUUCACGUCGUGGACCCUCCUGGCCGUCGUGAGGGAGGUGGGUUGGCGUACCAAUGCUGCACCGGGAACACUUGGAAGGUUUCACGUCAGCUGGGCAAUCCAAACUCGCCACUGCAGCCGACGACCUGCCCGACGAGCAAACGGCCCCCGCAAGAUCUCUUCCGCUCAAGGGUCGCGUGACCG